CUUUCAUGUAGAUAUUUCUUUUGCAAAAAUUAUGAAGUUCCGUUUGAAAACCUUUUGCUUUGUAGUGCCUUUGGAUAUUGGCUGCCUGAUCAUAGCCGUGAUCCUGAUUUUGUUCGAACUGCUGGCCCCGCCCCUGCAUGACCCGGGUCCUGCGGGCAGCCCAGGACGACGCCUGGCAGCGGCCUACAGGCUCUUGAAUAUAGUACACAGUCUGGGCUGUAUGUUGCUCUUUGCAGCUUACUUUUUAAGAUUUUCCCUACUUGUACUUGCCUUUAUGGCCAGUUUGAUUCUGCAUAUGGUUAUGCUGCCAGUUUUUCUGUUUUUGGAUAUAUUUGUAUGGAGAACUGACACCUUAGAUGUGACCAUUGCCUUUGUGGGCGUGUUCUUGAGCUUUUACUUCUUGUGGGUCACCUAUUCCUUUUACUACGAGUGCAAAAAGGAGAAACUAAUACAGGACAGAGUACGCUUUCAGGAGGAUAUUUAAAUGAAAUUCCUGUGUUUUUUUUUUUUAGCAAUUAUACACACAUUUAAUAUUUUACAAACGAGCAAAUAC